AUGGCGAGGGAUUCGUUCAUUGCAGUUGGUGGCAAUGACCCGAAAGAAGCAGGAGGGCUCAUGAUGUAUAGCUCUACAGGGCUGCUCUUACUUUCCAUGAUUAUUUUCUCCCUCUCUGUAAUUUCAAUGAUCAUUUUCGCCUGUGGUGAUGAUGGAAAGCCUCGCAGAAAAACUGGUUUUGCGGGCAGUGGCUAUGUAGGUGGCGGUGGUGGAGGAGGCGGCGGAGGUUGUGGAGGUGGAGGUGGCGGCGGCGGCGGAGGUUGUGGAGGUGGAGGCGGCGGCGGAGGUUGCUGA